AUGUCUCCAAGCUGCUUUUCGGAAUGGCGAAAACUUCCCAUCAGUUUGAGUGAACUGUGCAUAAACACCACCCUUCGUUGUGGCCAGUCGUUCCGAUGGCACAGACUGCCGGAGGAGGACGAGUGGAGAUGCGUUCUCCGGGGUCGCAUCGUUUCAUUGAAGCAGGAUCUCUCUUAUCUUUACUAUAGAUCUUACUCUCCCCGACCUCCAUCUGUCCCUGCGCUGCCAACGCCACCGGCGUCCACUCCUUCUUCCCGCGCAGACGUGGAGUCUGAUUCUGCCGCCGACGAGACCCUUGCGAUCAUUACGCAUUAUUUCAACCUCUCCCCAAACUUGACUGAGCUGUAUUCACAAUGGUCUAGUUCCGACCCGAACUUCAAGAAGAAGGCGCCAAAAUUUACAGGGAUCCGCAUUCUAAGGCAGGAUGCAUGGGAGGCAUUGAUAUCAUUUAUCUGCAGCAGUAACAAUAACAUUGCACGGAUCUCCCAAAUGGUUGAGAAACUAUGUACCAAUUAUGGAGAACUAGUCGGGACUAUAGAUGGGCACGCAUAUCACGACUUCCCAUCUCCUGAAGCAUUGACGGGUGAAGAUGUUGAGGCCCGCCUACGAGGAUUAGGCUUCGGCUAUCGAGCCAAGUACAUCCAUCAGACCGCGGUGAUUGUGGCGAAACAGCGAGAGAAAGGAUGGCUUGACUCGCUACGCAACCCGGAAUCUCCUGUCUUUGGUGUGGAGCCCGCACCCGGGGGUGAAAUGCGCCCAGAAGGGAGAGAAGGCUAUCGCAAUGCACAUGAGAAGCUGCUUGAACUACAAGGAGUUGGGCCAAAAGUCGCAGAUUGUGUCUGCUUGAUGGGUUUGGGCUGGGGUGAAGCAGUUCCUGUUGACACGCAUGUCUGGCAAAUUGCUCAGCGGGACUAUAAGUUAGGCAAAGGCGGAAAUAAAUCCUUGACAAAAGCUACGUACGACGCUGUGGGCAACCACUUCCGCAAACUCUGGGGCAAGGAAGCCGGCUGGGCCCACAGCGUUUUGUUUACUGCCGAUCUUCGAACCUUUUCGGAGAGACUCACGUCCAAAACAGAUGCGGAGAUCAAGCAAGACGACGAUCCCGAAAGUCAGACACAAGUGACCUCCACGAUAGCCACCAAGAGGCCCCAGGAUGAUCAUGAUGAUGUCCCUGGGGAGAAGGCUAUUAAGAAAGAAGAGACCGUAGUCCAGGCUGCGGAGACAGACCCGAUGGUAACGAGAAGGAGAUCGAAGAGAUUUCGGAAGCAGUGA